AUGGAGCGACGUAGAAGGCACACAGAUUCACUUAGUGAUGACGAUGAUGACAGAGGCAGAAAGCGUCGACGGAUCGCACCAGAUGGAGUCGACAUCCAGGACAGGCUGGAGUCUCUCAUCACAAGAGUUGGAGAAAAGAGCACCUCUUCCCUGGAGAGCAACCUGGAAGGUCUGGCCAGUGUUUUGGAAGCUGAUCUGCCAAAUUACAAACAUCAGAUCAUGAAGAUUUUAUGUGACUGCGUUGUCAGUUUUCCUGAAAAGCUGACUGUGUACACUACCUUGGUGGGGCUGUUGAAUGCCAAGAAUUACCAUUGUGGAGGGGAGUUUGUGGAAAUGCUGGUUAGAAAUUUGAAGGACGCGCUGAAAACUGGUGAAUUUGACAAUGCAAGAAUCAUGGUUCGAUUCUUGUCAGACCUGGUUAAUUGCCACGUGCUGGUUGCAGCAUCUCUACUUCAGAUGUUUGAUAACUUUGUGGAGGUGACUCUGGAAGACAACAUCCCCCAGGUGCGCUCGGAUGUUUAUGUGUAUCUAGUAUUGUCUUCCCUGCCUUGGGUGGGUAAGGAGCUGUUUGAGAAGAAGGAGAAUGAACUCAACACCAUGCUGGUUACAAUUGAGAACUAUUUAAGCAAACGACAGAAAGUCCACCUGGCUGCUCUGAGAGUCUGGUCUGGUGAUGGUCCUCACCCACAAGAGGAGUACCUGGACUGCUUGUGGGCACAGAUCAAAAACCUCCGCAGCAACAAGUGGACAGAGAAGCAGAUUCUGAGGCCGUAUUUAGCUUUUGACGGUGUUCUAUGUGACGCUUUGCAGCACACACUGCCUCAGAUUAUCCCACCAUCCCACAACAAGUCCAGUGUCUACCCUCUGCCUCGUGUGAUAUUUCGGCUGUUUGACUACACUGACGUACCUCAGGGAACCAUUCUGCCAGGAAGCCACGCUAUUGAGCGAUAUCUCAUUGAGGAGCAGAUCAACAGAAUUAUCGACUCCAACUAUAUCGAGAGAAAAGAGUGCGCUGCUGCCUUGCUGGGUUACCCUGCCAAGAACAAGAUUCCACUCAACUACAUGAUUGUGGAGGUGAUGUUUGGACAGAUGUUCCAGUUGCCUAGAGCUCCAUACAUAGAUCUGUUCUAUGGGUCAACUUUUAUAGAGUUGUGUAAGAUCCAGCCAACGUCAAUGCCUGAAGUGCUAGCUCAAGCUUCAGAAAUGUUGUGGGAUAGACUCGACGUCAUGCACGCUAUUUGUAUAGAAAAGUUUGUCCUGUGGUUCUCCUACCAUCUGAGCAACUUCCAGUACAAGUGGAGCUGGGACGAUUGGGCUGAGUGUGUCACCAUGGACCCGAAUGCCCCCAAGUCCAAGUUUGUACGUGAGGUCCUGCUCAAGUGUUUGCGGUUCUCCUAUCAUCAGAGAGUUGUAGAGUCCGUGCCAGAAUCAUAUGCUCCACUGUUACCUCCUGAACCCAAACCAAUCUACAGAUACGACCAGGAAGGGGCAGGUUCACUGCCAGGCACCAUGCAUGCCCAUAAAUUGAUCAGUGCCAUCAAGAACAAGUGUACCCCCGAGGAAGCUGCCAUGUUGCUCAAAGACCUUCCAAAUGUUUACCCAAAUGGGCAGGAAAAUG